AAGCCCCCAAGCUGCAGCCCGUGUUGAUUGCCAAGGAUCAUCCUCUGCUGGAAACCCUCGUGGUGUCCUGCAUCGCCAUUCGGGGAAGCCGCCCGCUGAAAUUUACCUGGUUUAAGGACGGCCGCUCAUUGGACGAGGGGACCAGGGCGACGCCCCGGUUGCUCACCGAUACACUCUCGACACUAACGAUUCCGAAAGUCACCGCUGAAGACGUUGGCAACUAUACGUGUCGCGUUUCCAACGCGGUGGGCAGCGACAGUUACAGCGCCGAGCUGCUCGUUAAAGAAUCGCCCAAAAUACAGCAGUUUUCUUUUCCGAAGAACCCGUCACCCGGAAAAGACGUGACCGUGACGUGCUUCGCCACAGAGGGCGCUCUGCCACUGAAGUUCGAGUGGCUCAAAAAUGGAAAAAGAUUGACAGGUGGAUCAAAGUUCGAAGUGAAGAAUCCUCUGGACAAGAUGUCCACACUCAUCAUACACGAAGUGUCCGGAGCUGACGUCGGCAGCUACACCUGUCGGGUGUCGAACCAGGCCGGAAAUGACGUGUUCACCGCGGACCUCGUAGUAACCGUCGAACCGCCUAAGGUACAACCUUUCAGCUUUCCGUCGACCAAAGCGAUGCCGAAGAAAGUCAUCGUUCACUGUGCCGUACUCGAGGGUACGGAGCCGCUGAAAUUUGUCUGGACGAAGGACGGCUUGCCAGUGCAGGACGCCCACAGACUUCACGUGCAGCAGCAUUCGGAGACGCUGUCAUCGCUGACCAUCACGGAUGUGGGAGCCGAGGACAUCGGCAACUACACGUGCGCCGUCAGUAACGUCGCCGGAUCGGACAGUGCGAGCUCGCAGCUUCUAGUCAAGGAAGGGCCCCUAAUCAUGCCGUUCUCAUUCCCGGAGAACGCCGUGCUCGGACAGAAGAGCACAGUCACAUGCGUCGUCUCGAGCGGCGUGGGUCCCUUCGAUUUCGUGUGGACGCACGACUCGGGCCGAAUCGACGACAGCCCCAGGAGGCACGUCAGGGUUGUGACGGAAAACGUGGCCGUCCUGACUGUUGAAGCCACCGCCGCCGAGGACGUCGGCAACUACACGUGCACGGUGUUGAACGCCGCCGGGAGCGCCAGCUAUACGGCCGCCCUCCGUAUCGAAGAGGCUCCCCAGAUUCAACCGUUCGUUUUUCCGAAGGACCCACGGGCGAACUCUAAAGUGAUCAUCUCUUGCAACGCCCACUUCGGAACGGAGCCGAUCACGUUUGUCUGGCUCAAGGACGGCCGCGAGAUGAGCUCCGGAACUAAGGUCAAACAGAAGAUGGUCACGGAAACCGUGAGCAUGCUGAUCAUACCGGAAUUGUCGUCGGAGGACAUCGGCAACUACACCUGCCAGGCAACGAACCAUUUCGGCCGAGAUACAUUCACAGCGGCGCUGCUGCUUACAGUCGAACCACCUAAAGUGCAGCCGUUCAAUUUUCCGUCGACCAAAGCGAUGCCGAAGAAAGUCAUCGUUCACUGUGCCGUACUCGAGGGUACGGAGCCGCUGAAAUUUGUCUGGACGAAGGACGGCUUGCCAGUGCAGGACGCCCACAGACUUCACGUGCAGCAGCAUUCGGAGACGCUGUCAUCGCUGACCAUCACGGAUGUGGGAGCCGAGGACAUCGGCAACUACACGUGCGCCGUCAGUAACGUCGCCGGAUCGGACAGUGCGAGCUCGCAGCUUCUAGUCAAGGCACCUGCAGCUGCUCCCCGAGUACACCCGUUCGCGUUUCCGAAGGAUCACCAAAGGGGACGGACCGUGGUGGUAACAUGCAUCGUCGACCACGGCACUCCUCCGUUCAGCUUUGCCUGGUCGAAAGACGGACGUCCACUGCCAGAAGCGGGACGGACCGAGAAGCCCGUGUCGAAGAUGAUCACGGAGUCCGUAUCCGUCUUGACGGUGCCGAACGUCGACGCCGGAGACGUCGGGAACUACACAUGCAGCGCCAGCAACGCCGCCGGCAGCGACAGCUUCACGGCCGAGCUCGUUGUCUCCGAGGCCCCCAGAUUUCAGCCAUUUUACUUUCCCAAGGAGCACCCGCUGCUCGAGACCCUCGUGGUGUCCUGCAUCGCGAUACGGGGCACGCAGCCGGUGCACUUCGCCUGGUUUAAGGAUGGCCGGCCCGUGGACCACAACGGAGGCCGAACAGUGGCCCAGCAGUUGUCGGCAACGCUGUCGACGCUCACGAUCCCGCAAGUGACGGCGCAAGACGUUGGAAACUACACGUGUCGCGCUUCCAACGCAAUCGGUAGCGACAGCUACAGCGCAGAGCUGCUCGUCACAGACGAGCCGCGCAUCCAGCCUCUGGCUUUCCCGCCGAGCGUCGCUGUCGGACAGGAAGUGAGCGUCACGUGUGUCGCUGCGCUGGGGAGGAAGCCCUUUCGGUUCGCCUGGACGCGGGACGGCCAGUUCCUCGCGAACACAGAGAGGAAGUACUCUCGGACUGUGCUCGACAACGUGGUCAUGCUCACCAUUCAGCGGGUGACCGCCGAUGACGUCGGCAAUUACACCUGCACCGUCAGCAACGGAUUCGGCAGCGACAGCGCCACGGCGCCGUUGAUAGUGGAAGGUGGCGGCAACAGCGCAACUAUGAAGUACGUCAAGCAGGACACCGCGAACAUCGCCACUCUGACGCUGGAGAAGGCUUCGGCCGAGGACAUCGGCAACUACACGUGCGCGGUCACCAGCGCCCACGGCACCGACAGCUACACCGCGACGCUCGUCGUCCGAGGCCUUCCAGCGAUCAUGCCGUUCUCGUUUCCGGAGAAUGUCCGGCUAGGUCAGAAGAUUACGGUCAUGUGCGUCGUUUCGAGUGGCGCCGGACCUUUCCAAUACGCUUGGACGCACGGUGGUACCGCGCUGACCGGUAGUUCUAGAAAGCACGUCAAAGUUCUCGCCGAAAACGUCGAAGCCUUGACCAUCGAAGCCGUCGGCGCUGAAGAUUUCGGAAACUACACGUGCACGGUGUCCAACUCCGUUGGAAGCGCCACCUAUGCAGCCGCUCUCUACGUUGAGGCGCCACCGGUCGUCAUGCCAAUCUCUUUCGCAAAGGACGUCUCCCUGGGGGACAGGAUCGCGCUGACCUGCGCCGUGACUCGAGGCACGGGGCCGUUCGACAUUCGCUGGACUCACGAUGGCAAGCCCAUCGGCGGCGCGACAAAGACCAAGUACGCGACAGCCGUGACGGAGAGCAUAACCACCAUGACCAUCGAGAAAGUGGAGCCCCGUGACGUGGGAAACUACACGUGCACCGUAACCAAUGACGUCGGCAGGGACGCCGUGACGGCGACGCUGCUCGUCGAAGAGCCCCCCAGAUUCAACCGUUCGCCUUCCCGAAAGACCCUCGAGCAAAUUCCAAGAUCGUGGUUUCCUGCAACGCCCCACGUGGGAACGGAACCGAUUAGCUUUGCCUGGUUUAAGGACGGACAGCGUGUGACUGCGGGGACCAAGGUUCACGCCAAGGUGCUCAGCGAGACGGUCAGCAUCCUCACAUUACUGGACGUAACGGCGGAGGAUGUCGGCAACUACACCUGCCAGCGACAAACCGCUACGUGGGCGCUGAAGACAUCGGAAACUACACGUGCACCGUCAGCAAACAUUGAUGGGUCGGACAGUGCCACUUCAGAGUUGCUAGUCGAAGAUCCACCCAGGCUGCAGCCCUUUAAUUUUCCGAAAGAGCACCCGCCGGGCGAGACCGUAGUUGUGACUUGCGUUGCAAGUAGAGGCUCUCAGCCGAUGGAAUUCGUUUGGCUGAAGAACGGCGUUCACCUCGCUGGGCUGGGAAACGAGAAAGCGGUGCCCAAGAUGUUCACCGAAUCCGUGUCGUCCCUCACCAUCCCCGACGUGAGCGCGGAAGACGUGGCCAACUACACGUGUCGUGCGAGCAACGCUGCUGGAACCGACAGCUACACCGCCGAGUUGAUCGUGACCGAAGGCCCGAAGAUUCAGCCCUUCUCGUUUCCAAAUGACGCUCAGUUGGGCAAAGACGCCGCAGUCUCGUGCUUCGCAGUGCGAGGCCACCAGCCUCUGGAGUUCUCGUGGUUCAAGAACGGCGUCCGAGCCGAUGCCAUUCCGAACGUCGAGGUCGAAGAAAUCGCCGGCAAGAUUUCCACUCUGACGCUGAAAUUAGUCUCGGUCGCGGACAUCGGGAACUACACCUGCCGAGUCUCGAACGUCGCCGGAACCGACGAAUUCACGACUUCUCUCGCCGUCAAUGAAGUGCGGCGGUCGCAGGCGUCCACAUCUGAACCCCAACCAAGACUUAUUGAGCAAAAUGAAAGCCAUUCUCGAAGGCUAUGCUUUGCCCUAUACUGCAAGCGCCUCAAGGGACCAAUGACGUCAUCGUGA